CAUUACAGCUGAAAUCGGAUGUCAGUGUACAAAGAUUUUAUUCUGGGCAGACAAUUACGGAUUUUCCUUAUCUACGAUUGGUUUUAACCAUCGUAGAUAACAAAUUAGUUUCCGUAAGUGUUUGCCUAAGACAUUUCAAGAUGCUAGAUGACCCGGUUUUUGUGUAAUUCGGUCAUUUGUCUGUGAUAUCUGAGCGGCCUUGCUUGCAGAAGGUGUCAACAUUCUCCUCGAAAAGGCAGUGUAUCAACAUAGAAGGAAGGCACUGCGAAACGAAGUAUACCAUUGGAAUAAAACUUUGAUUCCACGAAAUGGGAACAAGACAUGACAAGAUCAACCUGCGGUUAAUCCUGGUCAGUGGGAAGACUGGAGAGUUCCUGUUUUCACCGAAUGACUCAGCAGCCGAUAUUACAGAAUACGUCUACAACAACUGGCCCGAAGAAUGGUGUGAUGAGCAAUUACCAGCUGUGAAUAUUCUACGACUGAUAUAUCAGGGCAGAUUCCUACAUGGAAAUGUCACUUUGGGAGCCCUCAAGUUACAGAUGGGAAAGACAACAGUGAUGCACCUUGUACCCAGAGAACAUCUACCAGAGCCCAAUAACCAAGGUCAGUUGAAGAAGGACAAGAGUGGAGAGAAUAGCUGUAGUAACUGUUGUAUAAUCCUUUGACCAGGUGGGCGUGGCCUGGCAGAGGGGUUGGGGACAGGGGCUGCCUGCCUUACCCUCUCACCUCAAUCAGUCUUUCAGCUGUGGGGAUCAGGCCUGUCAGUGAUGACCACAGCGUUUGUCCGCCGCUCCAGUGGCCAGGGAACCCAGAUCGGCUCCGCUGCAAGGAAAUGGCCAAUUACCGGCAAACCACCGGACUUGCUUUAAUAGUUCAAGGAUAUCAUUUUAACAACAACAUGUUCAAAUUGGAUUUUUCAUCCAGCUCAGCCGUAUCACCUGUAAUUCAUGCCCACCCCGUGACGUUACAAGCCCGGCAAUGUUGUGUGUGGAGCACAUGAUAGACAAGUGCUGAAAUUAUUUGAUUGGUCAUUGAGACACAGGCAGGGACUGUGUGAACCAAUCAGCCAGACUGUCUGACCUUUGAUGGCCUGGCUUUAUGUGACAGGAUCUACUGAUGAUCUGCCUCUGGUGAUUGGUCAAUUUGGGUUUUAGGGGGCAGGGGAGGGAUCACAAGAGACUGAUUUAUCUACAGUUAUUUAUCAUAUGAGCAUAGUGAGUAGUCCCCAUUGCAUGAUGGUUCUCACAUGUUCAUCUCUCUCAACUUGAAUGUAACAAAGUGUAAAUAACAGUACAUUAUGAGUGUCAAAUAAUUUUAUGAAUUCUUGAUUCUAUCUGUAUAGCCCACCGUUAGCCAAUAAUUAACAUUUCCCCUGACACACACAGUCAACACAAAUGACAAUUGACUGACAAAUAUCAGAUAUGAUUGCAAUUAAAAACUAAAAUGUGUAAAAAAAAAAUUUAUGUUUAAGAAAAAAAAAAUAUUGAUAUGGUAAACAGGAUGGGUAUGGUCAGUUGAGUUUUACAGUUGAUGUUUUAUUUAUGUAGUGCUUGAAUUUCUUUUUCCACUUUCAUGAAUUAAAAGUAUGUCUAAUCAGAAGAAAAGUGAUAUACAGAAGUAGUAUUGAGUAGCAAGGUUUCAAUCCCAUCUUGUGAUGUACAUUAUUUUAUAGAAUGCCUAUGAUCAGCAGAUCCAUUAUAUUUCUAAAGUAAAUUGCAGCUGUUCUUGAAGCAGUUGCUUUAAAAGAUUUCCGCUUCUAUGUACAGUUUAUAACAACCAGAAAACACGUCACCCGUCUUUGAUAUUAAAUGCAACGAAGAAACUAGUUGACCAGAGCAUCAUUCUUUAGUGUUGGAGCUUUGAUUGGUGUUAUCUUAAAGUUUCAACUCUGACAAUUCAAUGAUGGAUCCUCAGUAAGACUCUUAUAAUUUACACUUUUCAUUUUGAUUUGAAAUAUAAAGAUAGAGGAACGAGUUUUGAUUUCACAACAUUUGAAUAUAUAUAUAAUGAUCAGACGUACUGGUAAACAUUGAAUUCAUAUCAUAUUGACGGUUAAUUUCCGGCCCCAAAAUAUGGUUAAAAUUGGGAUUUAAAACAUCUGAAACCUAAGAGCAAGUAAUCUGCUCCUAGGGUUUGAUGUUGAAAUGAACUGAAAAUUUGCUGUACAGAUUGUUUAAUGUUGAAUUGUACUUGCCAUGGUUGGAAGUAGGGUGUAUAUAAUUUAUUAUCAUCACAGUUGUGUUUAUUGAUAGAGAUUGACAGAAAAACUUGUGAAUUUAUGAAAUAUGCUGUGAGGUUAUUUGGGGAAAGUGUGUUCUCUGCUAUGGUAAUUUUUUUUUUUUUUUUUUUUUUUGUACAUGUGUGUUCUAUUUGUACAUCACAUUGACGGUGAAUAGAGCAAAAUCAAUACUGUAAGCAAUACAUCGCAAAACAGUGAUAAACAGUUUUCUAAUCAUUUUGACAGAUUAUUGAACAUGGGUGUGUGUUAGGAUGCUAAUCCAGCAUGAAAGGAUUAAUCUGAAAAUAACAAACAUCACUACCUGCAUUGGCAAAUUUCUGAGGCAAGCAUCUUACAUUUGUGAAAGCUAUGAAAAUACAGGAUUGAACUUUUAAGAUGUAUAUAAAAAAAAAAAUUGAAUCACCAGACCUACAUAUAUACAUACCCUAGUGUAUAACGAAUAUCAGUUCCCGAGGAACUGCAAGUAGUAGUCACUAGUGUGUUAGACACGUAUGAGAGGUCAAUGUACCCGAAUCAUUGGAAUCACAAGUUUACACUCCUAGGUAACAAGGAAAAGCAAAUUACAUGCGUUGUACCAGUAUUCGACAGUUCUGUUCUUUGAUGCAAUUUGCUGGAAAUGCCAGAAAUUUUAGGUCUGCUUUUUUUAUUAUUAUUAUUAUUAGCCAAGAAAAAGCUUUCAACAAUGUUACCCUAAUGAUUGAUGCAGCGACACCACCUCACCUUUACCUGUCUAGUCCAGAAAUAGUGCUCUAUGUCGGUAAGGGAGCUCAGAGACUUACCCUGCCUAUUCAGGUUAUUUGUAUGUGUUCAGGUUCCUGCAAGGAUUAUCUCUAGUAUGCUUACAGUGCAUGUUCAUAAGGGAGAGAAUGUUUAGUACAAGGUGUUGUUAUGGGCUUACAUACAUGUAGUCAUCUUCACUAUCCUUUUUAAGCUUGUUAUUAAGUAUUGUUUCAAUGUUCUUACUUUCUUUCCUGGAUAAAUAUGUACGAAGUUAAAGUCAUCUGAUGAAAAAUUGCAUGUACGUCUAUUUUGCUCAAAUCCAUGCUUACAUGUGCUUUUUUUUCUUUCUUUUUUUUUCCAUCUCCAAAGACUCUUUCUGCCCUCCCAAGAGCUAUACUUGUAAAGUACCAGUGUGAAAGAACACAAUAUGCAUGUAUAUAAAUGUCAGUUGUUACUUGGAAUUUAGAGGAAAACUUUAUUUUGACCUCAUAUUUGGACUGUUCAUUUUAAAUUUGGCUUUCAUCUCUUGAUGAAGGGCUAAUUUUGGACACUUGCUGGCCAAGCUGUAAAUAGAGUUCUAGCUGCAGACCAAAUGAGGUAACAUGUUGAAUUUCAGCUCAUGUUGUCUAUAUAGUGAUUUAUAAUUUAGGGAUUGUCAGGUAACUGGUGCUGCAUGGUUUUUGCCUUUUGUCUGCUUUCCUUAACUACUUUUACCAUACGAAAACUAUUCCUGAACACAGCAUAAGACACCAUGUCAAGGCCAAAUUUAUGACUGAAAUAUUAGUCACAAAUAGAGUUUUUCUCAAUAUGCAAAGUAUCAGCUGCACUAUAUUAUCCAAGACUGAACAGUGUCACUGGACUGAAGCACAUGUAUGUGAAAGUUUAUCGGCUGUUUACAAAUGGCUUCAGUUUACAGAGUGUGUUUUAUUUCCUGCUAAAACCUUCUAUAUUCCUGAAUGAAAUUUGAAUCCUCAUAGAUGUAAUCUAGUACAGCUCAUGCUAUUAUGGACAUACAAUAUUUUAAGGGUAGGUAGGCACAAGCAAAUACAACGUACAGUACAAUUUCCAUCCAGGAAAUUUAAUACUAAAGUACAUCAGUUUUUUAAUCUGAAAUGCAAGUUAUACCCAACUAACAUCAAUGUACUCUGAUAUGAAACUAAAAGAAAUAUAGCAAUAUUAAAUAUGAUGAAACUGAAGAAAAUUUUAGUAAAACUCCUAACAGGUGAAUGACACUGUAGAAUUAACUCUACCUACUUUUAAGGUGUCCUCUACUGUGAGAAAUUCUUGUUCCAUAAUUUGAUGUUUGGUGACUUACUGUAGUGCGGCAUUAUUUAUGUUUCUGAGUAUUUUCUGCAUGUAGUAUAAACAAUGCUUAACAUUACUCUUUUUACAUAGAUCUGUAUUCAGAGAACUUGCAAGUUCUUACUUUUCAUUAUCUUGCAUAGUGUGAUAAAUUUUUGACCAUUAAUUUCAGCUGUACAGUUCUCUUUAGAUUCAGUGGGUUUUUUUUUUUAAAUUCUGUACAACUGGAGUAUUGGUUUAUCUGUGUAAAGGUGUAGUUAUAUGUUAUUCAAUGCUGUGAUUUUUUCUGUCCACGUUGGUUUGUACAUCACAUCCUGUAAUGUAACCCUCUUCCUCACAGUUAAAUCUCUGUACAUAAUGGGCCUUCAGCGCUCCCUUUACACAUCCAUUCUUCACAGGGCCACUUGACAGAGCUCUCAUCAGUGUACAUCGGUACAGUCAAUAAAUCUUUACAUAAC